GGUCCCCAGGACCAUGAUCCCCACCAAGGAGAAGGCCAGGGCUCCCAAGGACAGCAUGACGCUCCUGCCCUGCUUCUACUUCGUGGAGCUGCCCAUCGUAGCCUCCUCCAUCGUGACGCUCUAUUUCCUGGAGCUCACCGACCUCUUCAAGCCGGCCAAGGUGGGCUUCCAGUGCUACGACCGCGCUCUCUCCAUGCCCUAUGUGGAGACCAACGAGGAGCUCAUCCCGCUGCUCAUGCUGCUCAGCCUGGCCUUCGCCGCGCCGGCCGCAUCGAUCAUGGUUGGGGAGGGCAUCGUGUACUGCCUGCAGUCGCGGCUGAAGGGCCGCGCUGGUGCCGAGGGCAGCAUUAACGCCGGCGGCUGCAACUUCAACUCCUUCCUGCGCCGCACCGUAAGGUUUGUGGGCGUCCACGUGUUCGGGCUCUGUGCCACGGCGCUGGUGACGGACGUCAUCCAAUUGGCCACCGGCUACCACGCUCCCUUCUUCCUGACCGUCUGCAAGCCCAACUACACGCUGCUGGGUACCCCUUGCGAUGCCAACCCCUACAUCACGCAGGACAUCUGCUCGGGCACGGACAAACACGCCAUCCUCUCCGCUAGGAAAACCUUCCCAUCCCAGCACGCAACGCUCUCAGCGUUCGCUGCCGUCUACGUGUCGAUGUAUUUCAAUUCCAUCAUCUCGGACAGCACCAAACUCCUCAAGCCCAUCCUGGUCUUUGCCUUCGCCAUCGCCGCCGGCAUCUGCGGCCUGACCCAGAUCACCCAAUACCGCAGCCACCCGGCUGACGUCUACGUGGGCUUCCUCAUCGGCUCCGGCAUCGCUGCCUACCUGGCGUUCCACGCUGUCGGCAACUUCCGCGCCCCGACCGAGAGGGUCCCGGUGCCGGCGCCGGCCAAGGAUGCUCUGCGGGCGCUGACGCAGCGGGGCCACGACUCCGUGUACCAGCAGAACAAAUCGGUGAGCACCGACGAACUGAACCCGCAGGCGCGGCUGGAGGAGGCGGCGCGGCCGGUGCCGAGGGAGAAGAACUCCCUGGGUAGCCUGAAGCGGGCGAGCGUGGACGUGGACCUGCUGGCCCCCCGCAGCCCCAUGGGCAAGGAGAACAUGGUGACCUUCAGCAACACCCUGCCCCGCGUCAACACCCCGUCCAUGGACGACCCCGCGCGCCGCCACAUGACCAUCCACGUCCCCGUGGAUGCCUCCCGCUCCAAGCAGCUCAUCACCGAGUGGAAGCAGAAGUCAAUGGAGGGCCGGAGCAUGACGCUGGCGGAGGAGGCGGCGCAGGGCCGGGGUGCUGGGGAUGCCGCUGAGGAUGUGCCCCCAUCGCUGUACCCCACGGUGCAGGCACGCGCGGCUGAGAGGGCGGCCGUGGGACCCCGCGUCCUCAUCCAGCCCCGUGCGAGCGCCUCGCAGCUGGUGCACAUCCCCGAGGAAGGCGCCGGGGUCCCCACCGGGGGCACCGCAGCCGCGAGGGCCAAGUGGGUGAUGGUGGCUGAGAAAGGGGGUGCGCAGAGGGUGGCCAACCCGCCGCGCCUCAUGCAGGUCAUCGCCAUGUCCAAGCAGCAGGGCAUGGUGUCCGUCACCGCCAAGCACUCGGAGACGACGUCGUCGUCCUCCACCAGCUCCGACUCCUCGCAGUACCGCUCGCCAUCGGAGCGGGACAGCUCCAGCAUCAUCACCAUCGACGCCCAUGCUCCCCAUCACCCCGUCGUCCACCUCUCCGCCGGUAACGGGCCCUGGGAGUGGAAAUCAGGGCCGAAGGGGGCAGAGGGGCCGGAUGCCUACGAGCUGGGUGAGAUGGGGAAGGAGUUCCGCGGCUUCCACCCGGCCAAGAGCGCUGGGGUCUCACCGGGCUCCUCCAUCAGCGACAUGGAGCAGGACGAGCCGCGCUACGGCAGCCUGGCCGCCAUCGCCGGGGCCGACCGGGGGGGGGACACCGAGGGGCUGCCGGGUACCACCAGCCGCGAGUCCACGCUGCGGAGGAAGCCGAUGGAGAGGGAGGCGCAGGGGGACAGCGAGGGGGACCACUACUAUAAGAAAAUGCAAGCCGGGCGCAGGUUUAAGGACUGAGCCCCCUCCUCCUCCUCCUCCCCGGUGCCUUCCCCAGGGG